AUGGGCAAAAGCGGGAGAAUAGCCUGCAUCUUCACCCCUUACCUCCUCACAAUCGCCUCCCUCAUCUGCCUGAUCGUAGUCGGCCUGGGCCUCACAAGAUCAUCCGCACCGCUAAACAGCAUCUAUUUCGCUCGAGUCGACCUGAAAGACCUAAACCUCGACUCAGCUGGCAUAUCCAAAGAGCUCCUCCCCUUCUUCUUAGACAUGCAGCAAGCCGACAGUAGUGGUAAAAUCGACGAUUUCUACCUCAUCGGCCUCUGGAACCACUGUUCCGGCCAGUACAUGAACGGCGAAUACAAGAUCCGGGAAUGCACAAAGCCCAGGACAAAGUACUCGUUCGACCCCGUUGCGGUGUGGGGGCUGCAGAACGGCAACAGGAGCCUUGCUCAGUUCUUGCCUGCUGGGCUCGAUAGGGGCCUGAGCACGUACAGGCAGCUUGCUAAAUGGAUGUUUGCUGCGUUUACUGUUGCGCUCGUCGCGACGUGCGCGGAGUUGCUGUUCGGCAUUGCAGCCGUCUUCAGCCGGUGGGGCAGUUUUGUCGUCACGAUCGUCUCUCUUAUCUCCUCCUUCUUCGUAGUCGCCGCUGCAAUAACCGCAACAGGCGUCUACGCCACGCUGGUAGGCGUCGUCAACGUCUCGCUGAGACCCUACAACGUCAGAUCCAACCUGGGCAAAAAGAUGUACACCGUCCUCUGGAUCGGCGUCGUCUUCUCCGUCGCCAGCGGCCUCUUCUGGUUGCUAAGCGUCUGCUGCUGCUCCGGUCGCUCACCGUACAGCCACAGCAAGGAUCGCCGUAAUAAACACACCACCGUUGAGAAGACUCCGUACACCUAUGAGCGUGUUGCGAGCCCGUAUGGCGGUGCUGCUGCGCCGGCCUUUGCCGGUGGCAAUGCCAAUCCCAAUGGGCGGGAUAUGGCCUAUGAGCCGUUUAGGCAUGGCAUGCGCUCAUAG